ACAUACCAGACCUAUCUGAUUUAAACAGAGAUAUUCCAGAACUAUAAAUCCUUCUGAAAAUCUUUGUAAAUAUAAUAAUAUUAUUCCAUAAUCUUCCAAUUAUUCUUUUCAUUUUAAUGUAUUAUGUUUUUUUUUGUUUAUUUCUCGAUUAAUGUGCUCAUUUUCUUACGUUAGUGGAAUAAGAGGUUCUAAGUUGACUAAAAGGACAGUACUCAAAAACCAAAAAAGACUCUGAAAAAACUUUUAGAAUUUUAGUAAGUUACUUCCUUUCUACUCAAUGAAGAAAUAAUGCUGUGGAAAUAUGAUCCUCGAGUAAAACAUUUGCUUUCAAAAGUUAAUCUCUUAUAAAUUUGAAUAUCACUUAUAUAUUUGAAUAUAAAUUGGAUUAAUAAUUAUAAAUUUGUUGUGAGUAGAAAAAUGGUAAUUGUCUCAAUGCUGGAAAGAAAUCUUAAUCAUAUUAUGCAUAUGAAAAGUCUUUUAUAAAACAUCGUAUAUAAUAUGCACUCCGCUUCAAGCUGCAUUGUUCAUGCAGUGCAGGUUGACAAACGUUAAUUCGAAAAUUAGUUUUAAAAAAAUAGUUGAUCUUUAUUUUAAGGUUAUUCUUAUUCACGUAGUGUGGAUGUCAUGUCUGCCUUAUUUAUGCAGUGUAUGUGACAGAACAUUUAUAUAGAUCAGUAAUAUGAAUAAGUUUCUUGUUCUUAUUGGAUAAAAAAACAACUUAUACUUGCAGUAUGUGUGAUAACUCUUUUACAAACAGAAAUUUAACUGAACACUCUGUUGUUCAUAGUGGGGAGAAACCUUAUUCAUGCAGUGUUUGUGGUAAAAAUGAAAUCUGUGGGUGUGAUAAACACAAGUCACUGGAAUCUAGUUUAAAGAAACACUGUCCUGUUGAUAAUGUAAGGCCUUACUCGUGUGUUGUAUGUGAUAAAGCAUUCUCGAAGAAAAAUAAUUUAAUUCAACACUCUCUAAUACAUACUGGAGAGAAACCUUAUUCAUGUGAUGUUUGUGAUAAAUCUUUCACACAAAAAAGAAGCUUAAAAGAACACUCGAUAGUUCAUACAGGAGAGAAGCUUUUUCCAUGCAGUGAAUGUGACAAAUCAUUCUCAUGGAAAACUAAUUUAACUCGGCACUCUCUUGUUCAUACUGGAGAAAAACCUUAUUCAUGUGGUGUGUGUGAUAAAUCUUUUAAAUGUAAAAAAAGUUUAAACGAACAUUCUUUUGUUCAUACGGGGGAGAAACCUUAUUUAUGUGGUGUCUGUCAUAAAUCUUUUAGAUAUAAAAGAAAUUUAAGUGAACACUCUCUUGUUCAUACUGGAGAGAAACCUUAUUCAUGUAGUGUAUGUAAUAAAUCUUUCACGAUGAGAAAAAUUUUAAAUGAACACUCUCUUAUUCAUAGAGAAGAGAAACUUUAUUCAUGCAUUGUGUGUGAUAAAAGUUUUGCCCAGAAAUCUAUUUUAAAUCACCACUCUAUUAUUCAUACUGGUGAAAAACCUUAUUCAUGCAGUGUGUGUGAUAAACGUUUUGCACAUAAAUCUAGUUUAAAUAACCAUUCGAUUGUUCAUACUGGUGAAAGACUUUAUUCAUGCAAUGUAUGUGAUAAAACAUUCACACAGAAAGGAAAUUUAAAAGUUCACUCUCUUGUUCAUAGUGGAGAAAAACCAUUCUCAUGCGAUGUAUGUGGUAAAACUUUUGCUCAGAAAGGAAGCUUAAAGAUACACUGUCUUGUUCAUACUGGUGAAAAACCUUAUUCAUGUGAUGUAUGUGAUAAAAAGUUUGCACAGAAAGGAAGUUUAAAGAUACACUAUCUUGUUCACAGUAGAGAGAAACCUUAUUCAUGCAGUGCAUAAACAAAUAAAUUCACAAGAAAAACAUAUUCAAAUAGUCUUGUCCAUUACUACACUUAGUAUGUGUGAUGAAUUUUAUGCAAAUAAGCAGUUUAAAUUAGUAUUUAGUUGUUUAUAUUGGAGGAUAUUAAUGUGAUUAACCUUGGAAGAAACUCUUUUUUUUAAAAAAACAAAUGAAUAAAUAAAAUAAUAAUAAUAAAACAACUAUUAUAUCAAAAUAUUUAAAUGAAGAGUUUAUAAUUGCAAUCUGAUUAAUUUACAGGCUAUUUAAUAUAUAAUUUUUAAAUAUAAAUGAAAACUAAAAGCAGGGGUCUGUCUAGGUUUUUCUG